CCCAACAUCCCUACCGAAAGCCGCUCAACCCACCGAAAGACCCGUCAAAAAAAAAAAAGCCGCUCAACCCUAAGAUCGGGGCGCUCGUGAGGAGGUGACCUUCCCUCCCGACGACGGAUACAGCGGCGGCUAGCGGAUUCGCACGCGCGUUCCUCUUCCUAUUCAAGUUGUGGAGGUAUUAUUUUCUCAUAGGCGUCUCCUCCGCUCGUUUGUACUAGCGUGGUCUGGAGAUCUAUCCCGGCUUGGAUUAAGCUGUUUUGUUCGACGCGAAACCCUAACUGAUUGUAUUGCUUGGAAAUGUUUGUGGUGGCCUUCUAUUAAGCUGUAAGCAAUCCAAUCCAAGCACUUUAUCGCAGUUUUUUUUCUGUGUGUUGGAGUACGAGUAUAACAGUUUAAUUUCCUAAAAAAUGUUAUGGAUUCCACUGAACUCCAUACGCGUUAGAUCUGCAACUACUACUAUCUGAUUUAUACGUUAUAGUGUUGUUUGCGAUAAAUGUUUACUCCCUGCAUCGCUAUUUACAUGCCGGGCUCUUUUUUUGUGAUUUAACUUUGGCCAAUAGUAUAUGCGUUAUGUGUCAUAAAAACUAUAUCAUUGAAAUCUUUUUAUGAUUGCGAAUUUGUUGAUAUUGUUUUUUUAAUGUAAGGGCUAAGUGGUGAAACCCAGCUCACGAACACACACAGAGAGAGAUGAACACGAGGAUUUUGCGCAGCGCACAACUUAUGCUACUUUUCGUUUUUCCCUUCCUUAUUUGUAGCUGCUUACAGGCUAACUGAAAACCACAAAAUCAGGACAUGACUAAGCCUACUGAUCGUGCCAUCCCACGAUCGCUGAGCCACUCCCUCGAGGAUGCCGUGCCUCAUGCGUUAUCUCCACGCCAUCCCACGGAUACACGAUCACCAGCCUACAAACUAACUGGAUCAGCUCGACGACUAUCUCAACUAGCUGACCGAUUAUUCUGCUGAAGCAAAACUAAUCCUAAACAGUUAACUGACAGAGAACUAGCCGUUGUCGACAACAGCCUGAAAUGCUACAGUUAACUGACGAAACUGUCGUCAGGCUUAAGCUUCAACAUUUAACACAUAACCCAUGUUUAGUUGGUCAAAUUGAUGGUCAAAUCUGAAUUUUCAAAUGCGUGCACACCACCUAAAUUAGAACGGUGGAAGUGCACGAUAGUUUGAACUACAUUAGGUCAAUAUACUGUCCAUGAGAGAACGGAGUGUGUAAUGGAUUCGUCAACGAUAUACCCUAUUAGUUCUGAUUAGUUGGUAUUUGGAUUUGGAUGACUGGGUUUUGUUCCAUCUAUUCAAGGUUUGAAAGAUGCCAAGAGACAAGCGCAGGCCGAGAGGCUUGAAUGAAGUACAAUAUGCCACCAAGAGAGUACUUAGGUCAAGUAGUAUCUCCAAAGUGGAAUCUGUCAAUUCUACGGAAACUGGUGAAUGUGCCGGAGAUACAGUGCAACGCACAACUGGAAGUUCCAUUGCAUUGUCAGAUGGUAAAACUAAGAUCAGUGAUAAUUUGGCGGCUGUCAAUGCUAGUAAAACUGAUGAACGUCACUUGAGUGAAGAUCUCAUUUCACAAGCUGCUGCUUCAAACUUCAAACCAACUGUUGUAUCUCUUGCUUCAUUCGAAGGAGAUACCAUGCUGGUUGAAUGCACAGGUGUAUGCAUCGAAUGCCCAGAUCCUAAUAGUGCAAGGUUUCUGACUUCAUUAAGCUUGUGUACAUCAUCAGAUGGUAGAAGGAUGGCCAGUGAUAAUUUCAGGAUUGAAGUAAGCUUCCCAAAUGGAGUUCUUGAUGGGCAGUUAGUGUAUUAUGAUUCAUAUUAUGGUAUUGCUGUUGUCAGCACCCAGCAUGUGCCUGUCUGUGAAGGAGAUCACAGGCUAGUGCUUAAUCAUGAUGAAGCACUUAAGUCUAGCAGUGAGGUAGUAGCGUUAUGGUGCUCUUCCAGUUCAGAAAAAUUAAUGGCCAAAAGUGGGCAAUUGAUUGGCCCUCUAGAUGGUACAGUCCACAAGCUUAUGUUCAGCACAUGUAAAAUCACUACGGCUGGGAUUGGAGGCCCCCUCAUUGAUAUAGAUGGGAAUUUUGUUGGCAUGAACUAUUAUAGUCAAAUGGGGGACUGCUCCCAAAAAGUGAUUACUCCCUGCCUUCCAAGGAAUUUAAUUCUAAAAUGCAUGGAGCAUUCUGGGAUACUCAGGCUUGAAACCAAGCAAGAGGGCGAUGGUACAAUAGGAAGUAGCACGGGCACGAGGGAGAUAUGUAAAUCUUCUACACAUGGUAACUUCUAUCAGGAGGGUUUCUUCACGAUGAACCCAGCCAAUGUGCCCCCACAUGGAUGAAAUGUAGCUCUUCAGACUCUUUCGCUACAGGUGAGGAUGAGGACACGCCAAAGAUGGAGAGCCUACACGUGGCCCCGCAGACAACCGGAUUGAUCUAAUUGGGGUCAGAUGAUUGGAUUGCUUUAGUUGUGUCCUAACCUGGACGAUUGCCGGAUGCUGCAACCCACUAGGAUGGCCCAAGUAGAAACCCAAAUGGUGGUGGCUCACGUGCAAGCCCAUGCUUUGCUGAAGCUACGAGAGAAAGUCCACGUGGCAUGGUUGUGGGUUCAGUCCCAUCAUUUACAGUGUUAAGUUUGGGGAAAUGAUUGGAGCGGGAGCUCCACAAUGCAGCUCAGCUGAUCCCAAUGCUGCUAGAGGUCAUGCCUCAGAUGCCGACAACACUAUUCCCUGCUGCACCCAACCUCAUUAAACCCACCUCCGCGUCAACCAAUUGUAUUUGUGCCUUAGCUGCAGCUAUCUGUGGAGAAAAUUCCUUAAAUGACACUGUUUUAAAUGUUGUUUCCCUAUUUGACACCGAAAAACUUUUUCUUCCCUAUCCGACACUGUGUCUAAAAUUUAUGCCUUUUAUGACACUUUUAUCCAUUUGGAGCCUUAACGAUGUUAAAUGACACCUGAAAAGACCUAUUUACCCCUUAUGUGAUAUGUGAUUAAAAUUGUUAUGUGGUAGUUUAGCUUCAUUAUACGACUCUGUCUGGAUGUAGUUUUGCUUCAGUACUUCCAUAUAAAGACGUCGGCGGCGCAUAAUAAAUUGCACGCGAGGACAUGAUGCGGACAUGUUAGAGGGCACAGAUCUCAUGCAGCUCGCGGCGUGGCGCGCAGCGAGCGGCAUGGGGCCAGCAAAAUUGUAGCAGGCAAGGUGCGUGGUUCAGCUGUGCGGAGGCAUACGGCGGCUGAGGGCAGCGCGUUUGGCAACGGCAGGGCGCACGGGUUAGCAGGGUGGCCGGUGUACAUCAAUACUAGUACAUGGCACAGUACAUACUCGAUCGAUAGUAUACACAAGUCAGUACGAUAAAUAUUGUAGUCAGUGCUUGUACUUUUUUGUGUGAAAAAACCAGUUCCUGUACACGAUCGAUAGUAGUAUACAACAAGUCAGUAAGUUAAUAGAGUUGAGAUUGAACGAAAGAAAAUAAACAGGACCGACAAGAUCAUGUGCCCAUCACCCACCUCGUGUGUUCGUGUUGUGGCCAUCAGCCAGCCAGCGGGAGAUCGGCUGCUUAGCUAGCUUCGUCUAGUACGUAUAGCUUGGAAAAUACUCUGAGCUAGCCUCGUACGUGUGCCGGCGACUUGUGUAAUUGUGUGCUUGCCUCUAGGCCAAUCAAGGCCAACUCUCAGGGUGCAGAAUAAGUUAUUUUGCACCCAGGGUUUUCUAUAUUCAGAAUUUACAUUUGGUAUACAAAUAUUUACGCUUGUAUUGACUCAUGACACACAGAUGGGCAUGGAGUGCAGUAUAUGAGUCAUAGAAACAUAAAACAGAAAAAAUAUGCCUGUAUGUAUAUUUUAUAUUUGUAAUUUCACUACACAACAAUUUUUUCUUACGUUCUUCUUGACUAACAUCGUAAGUUAAAAAUUUACAUGACGUGCAAAUCGGGGAGGGGGGGGGGGGCAUCAGGGAGCCGAAAGCACAUGUAUUUAGCUAAUUGGAAUUAUUUUUUGAGUAGUCACCAUAUUUGAAGGCUUCCUAGUGUUCAUUAUCUGCUGACUCUUCAGCAGAUAUGCUACGAGUUUAGUUCUUGAUAGCAAUUUAUCAUCUUAGUACUGGGAUGCUCACUAAUUGCUUUUUGUUG